AUGUCAAGUAUACCACUAUAUUUAAAGAUAAAGGGUGCAGAGGACCUGCAAAAGACACCUACUUUUUUGCAAGAGAAUGAAGGGUCGAUCAAAUUUCAUGGCAAACCUUACGAUUUUGCAAAAAUACUAACAGAUACGAGUAAGGAUGAAGAAUAUAAAGAGUUAGUUGAAGUUCAAUCUGAUACUUUAUCGUGCUUUAUUUUUAUGGGCCCUACGGGAGCCGGGAAGACUACUACACUAAAAAAAGUUGCGCAUCUCAAGUGUGCAAGUUUGCAAAGACGGGAAGUAGAAACUCAACUUACUGCUUUUGAAAUUAGUGAAAAUAGAUACGUUGUAGACUUGUUAGGUGACAAAAGCGAGGGGAAGAAAGAGUACUUAAGUACGGUACCGAUGGAAGAACAAUUACGGAAGGAGCUGUUGACAAGACAGAACUCUUCAGCAAUGAUUUCUUCCAUCUUUAAUAGGAGGAAGACUCAAAAAACUUCUUUUAAUGAACACUCAAGCAGGUCAUGUCUUAUAUUGACGUUCUUUUAUGAAAAUACAAGAGUUACUUACAUUGACUUGAUUGGGAACGAGCGCUUUCAUAAAUCGCUUCCAUCUUCAAAUGUAUUUGCCAACGUCAGCAUGUCAGCGAUUACACAAAUGCUUACUAGAAGAGAGUUAGGCGGUCGGUCAUCUAGUUUAAUAACUAACUUGAUUUUUAAAACUGAAGCUGAAGUUUCAAAGAAGAUUGGAAUAAUGUUAAAUUUGGAUCUUUAUGGAGAUCCAACUUUGAUAAAAUCUACUCUUAACAAUAUUGCAGAACUAGUUGCUAGAUUUAGAUUGAAAUGCUCACCUAGUCCAUCUAAGCUUACUUUUUCUAGCAGCAAUAUGCCUCAUUAUGCUCAACCGACUGCGUCUUCAUCGAGUCCAUCUAGAAGGGCUCACAGAAGUCCAACGAGGGUAAGUAAUAAAAAUUCAUUUAUCAAGCCUAAAUCAUUGAGAAAGCAGUGGAAAAGUCCCUUGAAAACUCCUAUAAAGCCGGCGGUAACUACGUCGGCUAAAACAACGCUUGAAUCUGUAAUGUCACCUAUUAAAAACACGGUAGGCUUACCGGUUAAGUCACCAACUAAAUUGCCUGUGAAGUCGCAAAUAAAAUCGCCAAUUAAGUUGGCUUCUAAAGAAUCCAUUGCUCUGCCAGUUAAAUGUCCAGCCAAGUCACCAUCCAAGUCACCAGCUAAGAUACUGGGAAGGUCCCAAAUGAACCUGAUUAAAAAGUCCCCCAUUCGGACAGCUUCAACAACUUUACAGGAGUACAAUAAUCUUCAGUUAAUUAGUUUGAAGAAUAAGAUUGAUGAUUUUGAAUAUGAGAAUACUCGUUUGAAGGACGAGAAUCGUGAGCUUUUAGAGCAAUUAAAAGAUGACGAUCGAGAAGAUAAUGCCGAUUUGACGAUGCUCAAAUGUGAUAACACCUUGGAGUUAGUUGCUAUGAAGGCUGAAAUACAACAAUUGCAAAAGAAGAAUUUAGCCGAUGAGAAGAUGAUGGAGCAACAAAAAUUGAUCAAAACUAAACUAGAAGCUUUUAAAAGUGAGUUUUCUAACUUCAAAGAGAAUUCUACUUCCUUCAAGAAUCAAGUGAGUGGCUUAAAAGAUUUGCUAGAUGGCUUAAGGAGUGAAAAUGAAAGAAACAGUAAACUCUUGGAAGAAAAGACAAAAGAGGCUUUGAAGAUCCCUGCAAUGGAGCUAGACUUAAUCUCAACAAAGGAGGAAUUAGUCAAGAAAGACAAAGAAAAUACAAAAUUAUUAUUAUCGCUCCAAACUUUAGAGAAAGAUAAUGACAAUAUGAAAGAAAACAUAAAUGAAUUAAACCUGACGUUGGGAAGUUAUAAACAAGACCUCGAGAGCAAGGCCAGAAUAAUUGAACUGCUUGAAGCAAAGCAACAAACUCCUAGAAGGGCAUUGUCCCCCGUCAGAAUGAAUGUCCAAGAUGAUGGAACAGUUACCAAGAUAGGAUUCGAAGAAAUAGAUAACUUCGAAAAAUUUUUAAUGAGCAGUCCAAUUACUGCUACUCCAUUGAAAAGCAAUUUACAAUCUUCUAAUAGAGUGCUCACACCUUCUAAUAAGAGUGAAAACAUUAAUUCAGAGAAGAGGUUGAAGAGAAGAGGCUCACAGUUCGAUUCUAUUCACAAAAUACCCAAAAUUAAUACCUUUGUCCCGGGGAUCUAA